CUUUGCAUAUUUAUGAACUUUGCGCUGGCAACCUUCAACGCGUUUUUCUUUUAUUAUCUGUGCCUGUUCUGCCGAUCUUUGAGUUUAGUGGAAUUUGUGAAAAACUUUGUAAAAAUUGCGUAAUUGUAUUAUUGCACCUGAUUAUUAAGAAAAAGAUAUGGCCGCACAACUCUUCAAUCGCAUCGGGCAAGUGGGCCUCGGCGUUGCGCUUGUCGGCGGAGUAGUCAAUUCUGCUCUUUACAAUGUUGAUGGUGGCCACAGAGCGGUUAUCUUCGACAGAUUUGCCGGUGUCAAGAAUAUGGUUGUUGGUGAAGGAACCCACUUCUUCAUCCCUUGGGUGCAGCGGCCAAUUAUAUUUGACAUCAGAUCCAGACCAAGAAAUGUGCCCACAAUCACAGGAAGCAAAGAUCUUCAAAAUGUAAACAUCACACUGCGUAUCCUGUUCCGGCCCGUGCCUGAUGAGCUGCCCAGGAUCUACACCAUUCUCGGUGUAGAUUACGAUGAGAGGGUGCUGCCUUCUAUCACAUCUGAAGUUCUCAAAGCUGUGGUCGCCCAAUUUGAUGCAGGGGAACUUAUUACCCAGAGAGAGGUGGUGUCACAAAAGGUGAAUGAGAGCUUAACUGAGAGAGCAGGUCAGUUUGGCUUAAUCCUCGAUGAUAUCUCGAUCACACAUUUGACAUUCGGAAAGGAAUUCACACAGGCUGUAGAAUUGAAACAAGUUGCACAACAAGAAGCCGAGAAGGCGAGAUUCCUUGUAGAGAAGGCAGAACAGCAAAAGAAGGCAGCCGUUAUUGCAGCUGAGGGUGACGCACAAGCCGCUGUGCUCCUGGCCAAGUCCUUCGGCAGCGCCGGUGAGGGUCUAGUCGAGCUGCGUCGUAUCGAAGCUGCCGAAGACAUCGCCUACCAACUAUCCAAGUCUCGCAAUGUCACCUACUUACCUCAAGGGCAAAAUGUGCUUCUAAAUCUUCCCACACAAAACUAAAUUUAAGUUUUUAGCAAUAAAACUGGAUGUACAGUGAAAUCGGGAUGUUUCUGUACAAUGCAUUUGUAUUUAUGCAAAAUACUGUUUGUUGCAUUUGAAAGAGACUUAUGGCAUGGUUCCACCAAUAGAUUGUAGUCUUUUAUUAGUUUUAUGAAAAUUGUAAUUACGCAUUAAACUUUAAUUAUGUUAUA